ACAGUGGCCACAAAGAACCUGCUGUCCUAUAUUCUGCAAGGAAAAGUUACGCUUUAGAAUUCCUCUUUGUCUUUGCACUUCCCCCCCUCCCCCCGCAACUCAAAACGUUGCUGGCGUGGCGGGGAUGGGGGGAAGGACCAGGCUGGCCAUUGCAGGGAUGCGCGGAGCUGGCCACCGCGGGGAUGCGCGCGGCUGGCCACCGCCGGGAUGCGCGCGGAGCUGGCCACCGCGGGGAUGCGCGCGGAGCUGGCCAACGCGGGGAUGCGCGCGGAGCUGGCCACCGCGGGGAUGCGCGCGGAGCUGGCCACCGCGGGGAUGCGCGCGGCUGGUCACCGCCGGGAUGCGCGCGGCUGGCCACCGCCGGGAUGCGCGCAGCUGGCCACCGCGGGGAUGUUCUCGCCAGGAGCAUGAGCCUGCUGGCCCCAGGCUGCAGCCAGCUGGCUGUGUGAGGCCAGCACUCCUAAGAGACCAUGUGGUUCUGGGGGUGCCGCUCAGAGCUAUUGCGAGUGCCCACAUGGUGUUUACUUUGGAAAGUUGCCUGCAGGUAGAAAGAUAACAGCGUGUCUGUGUAAAUCGGAAUAAAAUUGAUCUUCCUAUUCCUGUGGGGUGGAAGAGAUAGGACCACAGAUAGGGAGCUGGCCUUGCAUACGGCAGACCGGGUUAGAUCCCCUGAGCCCCUCCAGGGUUGAUCUUAGAGCCGGGCCAGGAGUAAGCCCUAAGCAGCACCGGGUGUGGCCAAAAAAAAAAAAGUUCAGCUAAGGAUCAGCUGUAUCCUUAGCUGAACUCCCGCAGGUCUAGGGAUUUUAUGUUCAUUCCACAGUAGAGUUAUUUUGAACGCAGAGCCAGGAGUAAGCCCUGAGCACAGCCGGUUAUACCCCCAUUUUCUAAAAAAGAAAAAAAAUUAAAUUUCCAUUAACAGGAUACUUGAACUAAGUAAUUUUUCCCUACAUAGUGCUUCUGUAAAAGCAUGUACCUGAAGGCAGAAGAGUCAUAAAAUUUGGCUGGUCAGUAAAAUCUAAUCCGUGAUCAGAAUAAACUCCUCACCCCCUUUUUUUAAAAAACCAUUUUGCAUGUUUUGUCCUCAGCCAAGAACAGUUUUAUGACUUUGAAUCCUUUGAAAUUACUUACAUUUCUUUUCAUUUGUUCAGCAGAUUGAGUCUUUGAAAUCUGCCAGUUCUCUUUAGAAAGCCAUGUAUUUUGACAUUUCUGAUUUUUUUUAAUUGUCACAGUAUUUAUUAUUAUUAGCUUGCAUUUUGGGUCACACCAGUGAUGCUCAGGGGUUACUCCUGGCUCUGCACUCAGAAAUGACUCCUGGCAGUUCUUGGGGGACCAGAUGGGAUGCCAGGGAUCGAACCCGGGUAGCCCACAUGUAAGGUCAGUGCCCAACCCGCUGUACUACCUUUUCGGCUUCUGCCUUUAUUUUUAUUAAUUUAUAAUACUUUAUUUAUUUCUUGCUUUUUGGGUCACACCCAGCAAUGCACAGGGGGGUUACUCCUGGCUCAUGCACUCAGGAAUUACUUCUGGCAGUGCUCGGGGGACCAUAUGGGAUACUGGGAAUCAAACCCGGGUCGGCCGCAUGCAAGGAAAACGCCCUCCCCACUGUGCUAUCGCUCCAGCCCCCUAUAGUACAUAUUUUUAAUCAGACUUUUCUACAGCCAUAAUACGUUUUGCAUCAAAAGCAAUUCCGAAAUUUUUCAGACUGCGCAUGAAACAAUCUAAAUUGAUAAAUGCAUAUUUGAUGUUGUUAUUCUUGUCGAAUUAUCCAGUUUAGCUCAGAAUUCCUUUUUUGUAAAAAAUAAAUUUUGUAGGUCCCUGAGAGAGAGUACCGCGGGCAGGACGCUUGCUUUGCACGUAGCCAACCUGGAUUCAAUCCCCGGCAGCCCCAUUCCUGCGUACAGAGCCAGGAGUAACCCUUGAGCAUCACUGGGUGUGGCCUGAAAACCAAAGAGAAAAAAGAAACCAUAGGUCUGCUCCUGGCCAUCAGCUCUUCUCCUUAGAAGGACCCCCUCUACAUCCUGGGCAGAGCGGGAGGCCGGAAGAAUGGAGAUUGACAGUUGGACAGACGGUCCUCAGCAACCUAGGAGGAGGAAGAGGGGCGAGACUCCAAGACGGGUGGCUGGAGGGGGCGGUCCCACCUCCACCCCACCCCUAUGUAUGCUGGCCCAGGAUGCAGUGACCUUCCCCGACGUGGCUGUGAGCUUCACCCCGGAGGAGUGGACAUGCCUGGACGCCUCUCAGAGGAAGCUCUACAGGGACGUGAUGCUGGAGACGUGCCAGCACCUGCGGGCCAUUGGGAACCCGGGAUUGAAGUCCAGUGCCAUGUCUUGGCUGGAGGAAGAGGAGGAGGAACUGAGGGCAGUGGAUGAAGAGUGGGACCAGCAGCUUUCAAACUCGGACACAGAGCUUCAGCCAUCUGAUGCUGAGAGUGAAACACCCAUUAGAAUAAAAACGGAGCGGAUCGAGGACUGGGAGGUGUACGAGUGCGCGCAGUACGGGAAAGACUUCGGCGCCCCCGGGGAGACGCUGUCGGGCGGAGAGGCCGCCUCGGAGGACGAGGGCGGGAAAGGCCUCCUUGGCCCCAGGCGGAGACCGUCCCCCGGGAAGGCCUUGCUGGAGUCCACGGGACUGGCCGGCACCGCGGACGCAGCCGUGGACGGGAAGCACGGUGUAUUUGGCAGCUCCCCCUGUUUCCACCUCCACCCGGUGCACGCCGGGAUGGGCCCGUACCCGUGCCACGCCGAGUGCGGGCUCGACCUGCCGUGGCCCACUCACCUGGUGGACGCCCACGGCCCGGCGGCCUUCGGCCCGUCGCCACACCCUGCGGGGCCGCCCCGCAGCCCCGCCGAGGAAAAGGUGUUCAAGUGUGACAAGUGCUGGCGGGCCUUCGGCUCGCUGCCCAAGCUCACCCGCCACUUCGUCACACACACGGGCGAGAAGCCCUUCCAGUGCAACAUCUGCUUCAAGACCUUCACCAGCUCGUCCUACACGCUCAUCCACAAGCGCGUGCACACGGGCGAGAAGCCCUACGUGUGCCGGGAGUGCGGCAAGGCCUUCACGCGCUCGUCGGUGCUGGCCAAGCACGUGAAGAUCCACAGCGGCGAGAAGCCGUACGUGUGCCAGGCGUGCGGCAAGGCCUUCUCCAAGGCGUCUGGCCUGGGCGAGCACAUGAAGAUCCACAACUCCGAGAAGCCCUACGAGUGCAAGGAGUGCGGCAAGGCCUUCCUCAAGUCGUCGGGGCUGAGCGAGCACGUGAAGAUCCACACGGGCGUGAAGCCCUACAAGUGCGACAAGUGCGGCCGCGCCUUCUCGUCCUCGUCCAACCUCACCAAGCACUUCCGCACGCACACGGGCGAGAAGCCCUUCCAGUGCAACCUCUGCGGCAAGACCUUCACCACAUCGUCCUACGUGGUCAUCCACAAGCGCUCGCACACAGGCGAGAAGCCCUACGUGUGCAAGAAGUGCGGCAAGGCCUUCACGGCGUCCACGCGCCUCACCAAGCACCUGCACUCGCACAACGAGCGGCGCUACCCCUGCGAGCUGUGCGGCAAGGCCUUCGCCAAGGCCUCCAGCGUCCUCCUGCACAAGCGCACGCACACGGGCGACAAGGCCUUCGAGUGCGCCGAGUGCGGCCGCGCCUUCCUCAACUCGUCCGGCCUCACGGCCCACAUGAAGAUCCACGGCAGCGAGACGCCGUACCGGUGCAAGGAGUGUGGCGAGGCCUUCGCCCAGUUCGCCCUCCUGGCCAAGCACGAGGACACGCACUGGCGACAAGCCAUCGGCCUGUAGGAAGGGCCCGGAAGGCAUCCUCUGGCCUGGCCGUCUGGCCCGGCUUCCCCCCGCAGAUGGCGUCACGGGCCAGAGCCCGCAUUUGGCGUGGCUGGGCCACCGGUUCGGUUCCCAAGCCAUGUGGCCCCAUCAUCCCCCCACUGACCCGUGUCGCCCCGAAAACAGACAGAACAUUGACUUGGAGAGGAAGGUUCCAAGCGGGGCAAAGGUGGAAUGGCGUUUGCUUUCUCGUCACUUGCAGAUGAUUCUAGAAGCCCCUGGAGAGAAGGUGCUAGAAAAUUCUAGAACUUACCACCCCGACAGAGGGUUUAGAAGAUUCUAGAAGUCCCCCAGACAAGGUUCUGGAAGAGUCUAGGAGCUCCUGGAGAGAAGGGAGGGGAAACUGUAUUUCCUUCUGCUUUGCCAUUCCCGAGUGUUCCCACACUCCAGGGACCCCUCUUUCCUUCCAGGGGUGGGAGUUGGGGGCAUUUCGGCUCCCCUCUGGCUUUGGGGGGAUGGAUGUAUCGAAAAAAGCCCCAAGGACAACACAGGCCACGCUGGCUCCUCUGUUCGAAGAAGAGGAAGCUGGGGGUCCCCGCCAGAAGCAUCUCCUGCGGUGCGGAAGCCCCCAGAAGCCAGGUCUUGGCCCCCUUCCCCUGUGCCCCAUGGGGGGGACAAAAGCCUGACAGCUGCGUGUGAAUGUGCCACCACCCAGCCCUGCCCAACCACAGCGAACACAAGUACUGAGUACCCGGGGGGGCUGGGGGGUGAGAACUGGGUACCCAGGUACCAGCCCAUGACCCAAGCCGGGUCCGCCUGAGUGGAGCAGCUGUGGGAACUCGGGGAGGCCCCUGGGAGGGGUGUUCCUGUCGCAGGCCCGAAGGGGCCCAGGGCGCCCUCCCCUGCGGCUGCAGCCCCCACCCCUCCCCUCUGUCCCGGCGUCUCUGACAGAUGGAUUUGGCCUAUUCGGGCCUCCAGUGACUUUCUUUGGGGAGGUGCCGACUCCCAGGAGGUGUUCAGGGACCCUGGGCCACUCCUGGCGAUCCCUGACCAGGACCCAGCCUCGCGUGUGAUGCUGCAGGGACCACCAGGCUUCCCCCCCCCCACAGCUCCCAGACCCCUCCUCUGCCCCCCACCCCCCAGCUCAGAGCCGUGAGCUCCAGACUGUCCCGUAGUCACUAGACUUCCCAGCUAAGGCAGUGAGAAAAUCCACAUGUAACCUGGGCAGGUUUCCUCCCUGGCGCUGACGCUUUUCUGUAACUAUUUAUCAGGACGCUUGGGAUCAAUGGAAAUAGGUCAGCACAUCUGUGGGCCACCAGCACCCAUCAUCCUGGGGGCCUUGGGGUCCCCGUCCAGGAAGGAUGGAGGGUAGCAGGUGUUUCUUCACCCUGCAGAUACGCUUCCCAGCCUGCCUGGAACCCCACUUUCCUGACUCGAGUUGGGGCUCCGUGUCCUGGGGCCCCGGGCUGAGCCUGCCGGUGUGUGGGGCCCCGCGCCGGGGUCAGGGUUCGGCAUAUGAAGUGGACGUGCUCACCUGAGCUUGCCGUCUCAGGGACAGGGGUGACCCCGGGAGGAGCUCGACCCUGCAAAGCCCACCCCUCCCCCUGAGGUGUCCACUUUGCAAAAACAAAAGGCUGCGAUGAGCACGUUGGAGGGGCCGGAGACCAGAGGAUGGACGGGGCAGCUGACCCUGCCGUCAUUGCUCACGGGCUGCGUCUGCUCCUGACUCCAGCGCGCCCAGCAGUGCUCAAGGGCAGCUUCACUCCUGGCGCCUUGCUCGGGGUCGCUCCUGGCACGCUGGGAGUCCGGGCGGUGCCGAGGCGCCAACCCGCAGCCUCGGGCCUGCCGAGCCCGUGCCCUUUAAACAGCUCCAGCCCCUGGUCUUUUUCUUUUCUUUAAAUACAAUCUGAAAUGUCA